GUAUAAAGUAGAAGCAAUAUUACUGUAAAAAUAUGCAAUUGGAAGAAAUUGUAAUGCUUUAUUUGGCAGCUCCACCCUAUAUCAAAGGGGCUGUACCAAUAGAAGUCCUACCUUAAAAUUAAUUUGUCUCCUUAUUGGUUCCUCUAAAACAUGCAUGUGAAUUCGCUGGACCAGCUAUUGUGUUAUUUGAGUUUAAAAAGAUGAACAAUGAAAAAAAGUCUACUUGAAUAAUUAAAGGGAUUGUUCUCCCAAAAAAUGAAAUUACUCACCCUCAUGUCGUUUCACACCCGUAAGACCUUCAUUCAUAUUCGUAACACAAAUUAAGAUAUUUUUGAUGAAAUCCUAGAGGUUUUUUUAUCCACCAUAGAAAGCAACAUAAUUACCACAUUCAAGGUCCAGAAAAGUAUGACAUCGUAUGACAAGUUAACAUGACUACAGUGGUUCAACCUUAAUGUUAUGAAGUGGCAAGUAUUCUUUUCGUGAACAAAAAAAAGAAAGACUUUAAUUAACAAUUUCUUCUCUCCCCUGUCAGUCUCCAAUGCUGUUUAUGUAGUAUUAGUAGAUAGGAAGAUUUUUAAAAGCUAAUUUGAUGUUUACAGAAUUAAAUAACCAAAACCUCUAAUUCUGAGCAAUAAUAUAAAUAUUACAUUUGUCAAUAGUCUCCUGUCCUCAUUACUGAAACCCAGAAAACGUGAGGCAAAGUUUAACACUGAUGGAUAAAAAUAUUGAUCGUACACUGCUUAGUGACAAAACACAGUGGGAAUCUUCUCUAGGUACACAGAACAUCCAUAUCACAGCAGAGAUCAUUAAAAAAAGAACAAAACAAGAGUUUCUGUCUGUCAGUCUAUCAAUCAUAAAUAUAUUAAACGUAUUUUUGUUUUUUAUAACAUAUUGCCUUAAAUUUAAUAAAUAUAAUAAUAAUUCUGAAAGCAACAUUAAAUAGCUUCAUUUUCUGUUUCUCUGCUUCUCUUUACAAGUGCAGUGCUCUGCAGGGUAAGGAAGCUGUGCUCUGAUUGGCUGCUGACAAACUGUGACAUCAUCACUGGCUGCUAUAAGAGUCCAACUGAUAGUCAGGAGCACAUUUAGUGUGUUCAGCCGGGAGUGCUGUGAGCAUGUAAAUGAAACACAAUGACCGUGUAAUUAAGAGUGAAACAUAUUGCGCACACUCAAUGUGAGAACACUAUGUGAGACCAGAACACUUUCUAAGAGAAACACAAUUCAAAAGGAUUAUUUUUGGAUAUCUUACGGGAGUAUAUGAAGAGUGGAAUUAAGUUGGACGACUCUAAAACACUCUCCUGAUUUUAGUCAAAGCUCAUGGAGGGAGAGGAUACGCUGAGCACGGAGAACACCUCCCUGCCCAUGAAUGUUUCAGCCGGGCUGAACGACUCUUCUCCGGUGUCUUCACCUGGCUCAGACUAUAGUGAUGCAGAGGUGGUGUUAAUUAGCAUCUUAAUGGGGCUUCUGGUUCUGGGCAUCGUUUUUGGCAAUGUGCUGGUCAUCAGCGCCAUUGUACGAUUCCAGCGUUUGCAGACGGUCACCAACUACUUCAUCAGCUCCCUUGCCUGCGCCGAUCUGGUCAUGGGCCUCAUGGUGGUGCCCUUCGGCGCCUGCUACAUCCUUCUCAACACGUGGCACUUCGGAAACUUCUUCUGCGAGUUUUGGACAGCUACGGAUGUGUUAUGCGUGACCGCUAGCAUCGAGACGUUGUGCGUGAUCGCCCUGGACCGGUACGUGGCGAUCAUGUGGCCUCUACGCUAUCAGUCGAUGCUUACGAAGCGGAAGGCCUGCGGGGUGGUCCUUGGGGUGUGGGCGGUGGCCGCCCUUAUCUCUUUCUUGCCCAUCCACAUGGAGUGGUGGGUGUCAGAUGAACCUGAGGCAUUGCUCUGCUUGGAGAACCCCACCUGCUGCGACUUCAACACGAACGCCGCCUACGCCGUGACCUCCUCCAUCAUCUCCUUCUACAUCCCGCUGGUCAUCAUGGUAUUUGUGUACAGCCGGGUCUUCCAGGAGGCCCGUAGGCAGCUUCAGAAAAUCGAUCGCAUUGAGGGGCGCAUACGCACACAGAGCUUCAGCACCCAGGAGGGGAAUGAGGUGAAGAACCGGAGGACCAAGUUCUGCAUGAAGGACCACAAAGCUCUGAAGACCUUGGGGAUCAUCAUGGGAACCUUCACCCUCUGCUGGCUGCCGUUUUUCGUGCUUAACGUGGUGGCGGCCAUCUGGAAGAUGGACAACAUCAUGUUGCCUUUCAGGAUCUUGAACUGGAUCGGCUACGCCAACUCCGCCUUCAACCCCCUGAUCUACUGCAGGAGUCCUGAGUUUAGAAACGCCUUUCAGGAGAUCCUGUGCUGGAGAACUUCUCAUCUACCUUCCACAAGGAAUAACAAGGGAUAUAUCUACAGCGGCCACAGCUGGCAAGUCCACAAGAAGACCACCAGACAACGAGAGCCCUCGCCAGCUUGCGAAACCGAAAUGAGUGCUGACUGCUUGACUGCAGGCACCAAAAACACAAAUGGGAAUUGUAAUAAAGCUGUGAUGUCCAACUUUUAGCCAUUUUUGAACGUUUGGAUAUUCUCUUCAUAUUCCCUGGAGCACUGGAGAUAUUUCUGGUUGCAGCCACUUUUGUCUGUGACAAAACAUGGUUUUUAGAUGUUUUAGCCUUUGAAACAAGAAGGUCUGUUGUCAUAUUGUGAUACUUGUAUUGAGUCAGAACAAAUGGAAAUGAAGGAACUUCUGUUUUUGGAAGAAACAGGGUUUGAAAGCCAAGACAGUCUACCUCUGGAUUCCACUUACUACCUCGAGGCACUUUUCACGUCUCAACUGAAACCUGCAAGGAUAGUUAAUUCAUAAUUUAUUCAGAAAUGCCUCAACUUACAAACCGAGAGUGUAGAUUUGUAGUUGAUUGCAGAUCUUAAAGAGUGUCAGAGGGGUGUCUUAUAGCAGACAGACUUGUUACAUUCCGUUAAGAGCUUGGGCUUCUCCAGUCAGAGGAAAUAUAACCCUCUGAUGAGGGCCAACAGGUGCACAUUGCCGUCUGUGCUAUAACCAGCUGUUCUUGUCGAAAGGAAAAAGUAUAGGAGCCAAGCAGUUCUCUCCAACCCCAGCACUUCAACCUUCCCCCUGUUAACAUUUCCACUGGGAAAUCAUUUUAAGGUUACAGCUGAAGCUGUAUCUAUAAAGGGUCAUGUUUAUAAACGUAAGUACGCAUUUGUAGGCUGGGUGGCACAAUAAUGAUGAUAUAUUUAACACGUCAAUAUACGUCCAAUGAAGGUGCCAAUAAAUCUCAAUGCUUAACAGUAUUUAAAUGUUGAGAAUGUAAAUCUUGAUGCUAUAUCAGCAUCAUAAUUUCAGGAAUACAACUUCUGGCAUCUAAUAUAUGGGGGUAGGUUGUGUUUACAGAUUCCUGAACAAACAGUCCUUUGGGCACACAGCUCAAGCUCACCUGAUAUUGAUCUGAUGGUUGUUUAUUUCCAUCCGUUUAGUUUUAUAUAAUAGCCCGGGCAAUGCACUUGAUUAUGACAGAUACACUACUGGAAGAUAUCUGACAUUAAAAAAGCUGACAAAUGUACGUUUACGCAAUGGCCCAGUGUUGGUGUCAUUGACUCAUAUGCACAGACAGUGUUUUGCUCUUUGAGCCCCCUUCCUGUGUAUGUGCACACACACAAACACACGCGCACUCUGUAUAGACCUCGAUCCGAUCCCCGAUCAUUGUAGCACCAUAUUUAUUUUUUGCCAGGAAUAAAAACAAAGUUGUGAUGGAUAGAAGUACAGAGUGUUCAAAGAAUUGUAGUCUUAAUUAACAACUUGGUCAUUUUUAAUGAUGUGUCCAAAAAAAUUGGUAGAAAAAACAGUUUUGAAAGCUGUGAGUUUUGAAAAUUAUUAUCCAGAACCUAUAUGCAGUACAUGCUAUUGUAAAGACUGUAAAAUUAUUCUCACACAGCCUCAUUUUCAUCCACAUAAAAUUAAUUAUGGUGAGUUUACACGGACUAAGGUCUAUUCCAGGUCUAUUAAUAUGUUGUUAUGCUGUUAAUAUACACAGAUGUUUGAAAUACAAUGAAAUUAAUAAAAUAUUAAUAUAUAAAAUGAAUAUAAUAAAUAAAAUAGUAAUUAUAAAUUGUAGAAAUAUAUACAAGCAUGAAGUAUUUCAAAUAUCCAUCUAGGAUUGUUUUUGUGAAAUAUGUUCUUUGGGAUAAAAACUGAAAGCUUGAAUCUCUUUUAUUAUGUGAAGCAUUUAGGGUGUUUUGUUGUUGGUACUGUAGUAAAGAACACAUCAUGCUUCUCAUGUAAAGUAUUAGUCAAACAUCGUCUUAGGCACAUUUUGUAUGAAGUAUUUGCCACAUUGAUGGACAAAGCAGUAUGUGAAUGUAGCCUAAUGUGUUACUGUGUUUUGACAGCACAUUUCUCAAAUGGUAUCUGCUUAGUUUGUGUCAUUCCACGAAACAAAUAAUCUUGUUGGCCAAGUGCAAAUGUUUCCUCUAUGCUACUUUUACCACAAAAAGUGUUUUGUUUUAAGGUGUAUCAUUUUUGUUUAUUUAUUUUUGUAUGUCCAACCAGCUGCUUUAUGUACAAAGUGACAAAAUAAACAUGGUGGUUUGUAA